AUGGCACCAAUCCGGGUUUCGGACGGGCCCGAUGAAAGAGCAAACAUUUCGCAACUCGAUCGAUCCACCGGAUUGCAGUGCCGGAUCGACACUAGGGACUGGCUGCAAACGUACGCCGCAGGCUUCCAUUUUCCACUGGUUCUAGAUCUGGAUCUAACAACGCCCCGGCACACUUCUAGUACAGCUAAGCUGCUAGACCGCCAGCCUCAAACUCAAGCCCAAGCCAACGUCCAGGGAAAAGGAGAUAUGGAGUCUAUCAUGGACUUCUUCUACUCUGAAAAACAGUCCGGCUUUGAGCCCCGAGACUCUUCCCACUACAUGUCCCGCUCUAUGCGCAUCCUGCUGCCGACGAUAGCAAAUUGCGCAAUCCUCAGCGACGUCGAGUUCCAGUUGCAUGCCGGUAAUACGGACUGCCAGUUCCUACGAGUCCAGUCAGAAAGUCUGGGAACCUUCAGCCAGUUCCCUUAUCCUUCCCUAGGAGCAGCGAUAGCAUCACCUCAUCUUGGGGGAAUGUUUGCACCUCACACUGCUAGGAAGUCAAUGCUUCCUACAGGUUCGCCUCAAGCUCGAAUGGAUGGCUUUUCACGGACCCAAGAAUUUGACCUGGCCGAUUCCCACGUCUUUUCGCGGCCGGAUGGCGUGGACUCGAUUCCCUACGAGAACGAGCAAUCGGUCCACUACAGCCAAUCUGCAACGUACAUACUUCCCAAUGCACCGUCGGGGUCUACCCUUGACUAUGGAGCGGCACCAUGGAGCCCUAAGAUCUGGGACUCCAUGUUCAGCAGACAAAACAAUGGAGUCAUAUACCCAGACCCAGAGACUAACAACUCUCUCAAUCAAUACCCCUAUUCCUACAUGCUUCCCAGUCAGGGAAUCUCGUCAAACGACACUUCCCAGUCCAACACUGCUACCAUGACUGUGGUUUCUUCAGCAAAAGGCUCAGGGACGGAUCGGACACUUCCAACUCCAACCUGCGCCAGUAAUGCAGCACAUCUGAACGUUCUAUCACCAGAGCCAAAUCUAGCCCAACUCUCCGAGUUUAAGAGCAACUACUGGAACCAGCGCAGUGUCAGCUCGACUGACCAACGGACACCAGCCCACACAGUCCCUAGCAACGCACCCAAGUGCACAGCCAGCACAGCUCCAGAUCUCCUCUUCGCCUAUGUACCUGUGCCAACAACCACCGACGAAACAAUACCCACACUAUCCACCCCAGCAACAGGCCCUUCCUCAUCAAACAGCACCACAUCAUUCACCGGCCUAGACCUCGUCGACCACGAAUACAGAAGUAUACCCGAUGACCGCCGUUUUUCACGCAAAUCCAACGCCGGUCAACGCCUCACCAUGACAAACGAGCGCACACCCGACAUCUAUGGCUACAGCAGCGAGAAGAGGCCCCGCGACUCAGCAACCCUAAUGAACGGCCUCCCCUAUCAGCGCGUGCGGCAUCCAGACACAUCGAGCCCUUUUUCCUUCAACCUCCUCCCAGAUACACUGCCAGAGUAUCACCGCGUGGUCGAGAAUGUCCACAGAUCCCCCAUCUCACCACUGGGUAACCAGGGCGCUUACUAG